UCACUUCUUCGUCUUCCACUCCUUCCCAACCCAAGCGAAGAUCUCCGCACUCAUCCCAAUAGCAACUCGAACCCCAGACAGAGCUUGACCUAGACGAUGGCAUGAAUAGAGCUCAACCCGAACGGUGGCAUGGACGGAGCUCAAUUCCGAGAGAAAACUAGUGGACGUUGCCGUUGAAAACUUGUUGACUAAGGAGGAAGGGGGUCGAUUAUGCUUCACGGCCGAGCCCUCUUUUUCAUCAAUAAAAAUAGAGGUUUGUUGAUUUAGCAGUUGUCGUGCAUGGCUGUAGCUGAGUGCCAGGUAGAACUUCAUGUGGGUUUUUGGAACGUGGGUGGUUGCAUGGCUGAUUUGGGCGAGUCGAUGGUGGCACUCCCGAGCUGGCAGCGUCUGUGGGCUUUGGAGAUGAGAACAGAAUAUGCUCUGUUUGCCAUGAAGGAGGAACUGGCAUGAAGAUCAACGAUGGGUGGUGCUUUCGAGACUCUCGUCUAUGGUUUGGAUUUUUUAUUAUGGUGGCAGUGAGUGACAGAGAGGUGGAAUAGAAGUCAACGGCCCAUCUUCAACACCCAACCAUCUCAGCCUUACCCUUCUCCAUUGCUUAUGUGAUUUCACCAAUCGAUCUCUCACUCUUGCACUCUUUUGCUUGUUGCAUGUUUAUUUUUUCGCACGAUUAUCCUAUGGCUCUUGGGCCGGACUGAGAUGAUGGCUGGAAGAUUUUGAAGGGAGAGGAAGAGCAAAGUGCCACUGCCAAUCAGUGAGACUGCUUGGCUUAGUUCUAGCGGAGUCUAUUUCUCUUCUUGUGAAAUUCUGGCAUGCAGAUGGAGGGCUGCUGUUCUCCUUGGAAACGUUCCAAUGUGGUAGUGUCUAUUUCUCUUGUUGUGAAAGUACUAAAGGGCUGCCUUCUCCUUGUAUUAGCCGCCGCUCCAUAUCCACUUUGUUUUUUAAAUUAUUUUUUUGCGAGUCCCAGCCAUUAUAUUUGAAAAAGAUACUUUACAUAAUCUUACGCCACAGAUUCCUCGGAAUUUUGCAGAAAUUAAACGACGAGAUUUUUAAUUUUUCUCGAAUAAUCUGUAACAAUAACGUUGAGGGUUAACCCAUUUUAGGGGUAACCAACAGAUUAGGCAUCUUAUAAAUAUUUUAACUGGGCUUGGGUGGGGUGCGCCAGGCCCGUGCAAUAGUGCAACGCAUGGGCGACGCGCAAAGACCCCAGUAGCAAGCUACCGUAAUGGGUCUUCCCCCUAAAAAAAUUAAUUUAAUAUCGUGUGGCCCAUUGGACCACGUAUCAGAUAUUAAACUGAUAAGAACAGAUACUACACUUGAUCUUAGCCAAAAGGCCGAGAAAGGUAUGAAUUGAACCGUUGCUUGCUGUCACUUUUAUAACAAGCCUUUGCUUCUCUCCUCUCUCGUCUUUUCAAUGUGGGAUUGUAGAGUGGAAUUAAUGUAUCGUACCAGAGGACUAUUAGGAGUAGCGAAUCAGCGAUUAAAGUCUUUUUUUCGUAAGUUCGAAGAUCGUCGCCCCGUGUCAUGCUAAGCAUCCUCUGAAUUUCACAUUGCUCCCCCCCACCCCCCAACCCCAACCUCACUCUUUCCUUUUAUAGGAGGCACACUCACGUACUCCAUCGUAGAUUCUCCGUCCGUAAAAUCCCACUGGCCUCUGCCUUUUGCUUGAUCAAAGCGUUGCAUUGCGUAGCGCACACGGAUUUCCUUCCUCAUUUUCAUCAUUUUCUCUGUUCGUGUUUGUCUGAGAGAGAUCAGCAGGAGAAGAAGCGAACGAGGUGGAUUCGUGGAUUGACUGACUGAUCGAAGCUUCUUAGAUCGACGAUUACUUUCGAAGGGGAGGAAGGAAAUGGUGGAGGACAAAGGGAUUGGGGAAGUUGAAAAGGAUUCUGCUGUCGGUGCUGCUAGGACGACUAAUAAUAAUAAUAAUGAGAUUGGGAAGAAGAAGCAGCGGGGACUUCUUUCUCGCGUUUGGAAUGGAAUCUUUAGACUACAUGGUGAUGAUUUCGAAAAAAGACUGCAGUGCAUUUCUAAGGAAGAAGCCGCUGUUCUCAACAGAACGAAGCGGAGAUCCCGGACUUGGAGGCGGAUGACCCGUAAUCUUAUCAUAUUCUCUGUCAUUCUUGAGGUUGUUGCUAUUAGUUAUGCUAUAAUGACAACAAGAUCAAUGGACUUGAACUGGAAGAUGAGAGCGAUCAGGGUUUUGCCAAUGUUUCUUUUGCCUGGUUUAUCUUUUGUUGCUUAUUCAGCAUUUAUAAGCUUCAUAAGGAUGUGUGAUAGGAACGACCAGAAAACUCUAGAAAGACUUCGGGCUGAAAGGCAGGCAAAAAUUGAUGAGCUUAAAGAGAGGACAAAUUAUUACACUACUCAGCAGCUUAUUCAGAGAUAUGACCCUGACCCAGCAGCAAAGGCAGCUGCUGCAACUGUUCUUGCAUCUAAGUUAGGUGCAGAUUCGGGCCUUAAGUUGUAUGUGGAAGAUGAGUCAAGGUUUAAUGCUUCAACAGGGAAAAGCAAUGAUACUGAACUUGUGCAAACUGGUGGGCUUCGAAAUCGGAAACAAGUGCACACCAGUUCCAACAGUUCAGGUGGCACUUCGUUGCAUCAUUCUGAUGAGGAAACACCUCGUUCUGAGGGAACGCAGACUUCUGAGCAUAAUCACCUGGUAGUUAGCCAUAGUUAUCCGCAGGAAUCAGCCACACAGGAUGGAGGAUGGAUUGCUCGAAUUGCAGCAUUACUUGUGGGCGAGGAUCCAACUCAAUCCUAUGCACUCAUUUGUGGCAACUGCCAUAUGCACAAUGGACUUGCCAGGAAGGAGGAAUUCCCAUUCAUUACCUAUUACUGCCCACAUUGUCAUGCUCUAAAUAGGCCAAAACAGUCCGAGGAGGAGCAUGUUUCCGGGUCCAAUACCCUCAAUAUCCGCUCCCUCAGAACAGGGGGCUGUGAUGAUGUAAUCAACGAUCGCAGUCCUUCUACGAGCGAUAGUGGUCUGACAACUGCCAGCCCCGUAAGAGCUGGUUCAGAGAUUGAGGAAAUAAUCGAAAGGGAAACCUCCAAGCAGGUAGGUAGUUGAAAGCCCGCGUUGGGAUGGAGCUAUAUCUAAGGGGUUCCAGAUUUUUGUCUUCACACGUUUAUUAGGGGGUCUCACCAAGAAACCUUUUUUUUUUAAUUUUUUUUUUAUACUUUUUUUAAAAUUUAAUACAUAAUUACUAGUUUUGGUUGUAA